UUUUGCGUUAGGAAAGAUACCAUAACUUAUGAGGUGGCUUUCCCGUCGUCAUCAGUAUUUUUUCCCAGAAUAAAACACACAUCUUUCAACAACAUGUUUGAAGUUACUGAUACUCAGAAGAUUGGAAUCGGUCUUUCAGGCUUUGGAAUGUUCUUUUUGUUCCUUGGAGUUGUCUUUUUAUUUGACAAGGGAUUACUUGCUCUUGGAAACAUCCUUUUCCUCUGUGGUCUGGCAUUUGUGAUUGGUCUUGGAAGGACGUUCGCAUUCUUCUUCCAACCACACAAACUUAAAGGAACAGGUUUCUUUCUUGGAGGGAUAUUCAUUGUUUUAAUUGGCUGGCCUUUAAUCGGCAUGAUCAUCGAGACCUAUGGCUUCUUUGUAUUAUUUGGAGGAUUUUUCCCUGUGGCAAUAAAUUUCUUGAGGAGAGUUCCGGUUAUUGGAACGAUAAUGAAUUUACCUGGACUUAGUGCUUUCUUCAGUAGAUUUGAACAGCACAACACCAAUGUAUAACUCACCUAGAUGAUCCUGUGAGAAUGUCAACAUUCUGGCCUGUAUUCUUGAAAGCUGCAUAACUUAACAGAAAUUUACACUUUAAAGAGCAACAACUACUAUAUACUAUUGUGUCAAGGAAGACGUUUUAGCCAAAUUCUUUCAUAACAGUAGGCACUCUAGACAUGUAGAAUUCCAGUUCCUACAGAUUAGUACAACCUUGGUCAUCGGAUUCAGUCGGACUUGCCCAUGUUCCAUUGACAUUCACCACACCCUGGGGAGUAUACCAGCUUGUUGCAAGGCACUCACAAUGAUGGACAAUCUGUAGUGACUUUCACACCUUCUCCACUCCCUGGAGAGUAUUUCAACCAGUUUCCAUACACGGCACUCACAAUGAUGGACAAUCUGUAGUGACUUUUACAUCCUCCGCCACUCCCUGGGGAGUAUUCCAAUGAGAAUACUUUUUGAGGUGCUGAUAAUGCUGGAAAAGAGUGAUUUUCAAAUCCUCCACUACUCCUUGAGGAGUAAACCAUCCCAGUUACCAUGCAAGGAGCUCACAAUCAUGGACAACUUGUAGUGACUUUCACAACCUCCUCCACUCCCUGGGGAGUGUUCUAACCAAUUUCCAUACAUGAUGCUCACAAUGCUGGACAAUCUACAACAACCCUUCUCACUCCCUGGGGAGUAUUCCAACCAGUUACAAUGUGAGGUACUCACAAUCCUGGAUACCAAUCUAUGAUUCUUAAUACAUAUCAGAGUUCUUCAACUUUGUCUGAACCUAUGUCUGUCUUCAUGUUCAAUUUUACUUACCCCUUGAAAUCAGUACCGAUACCCAAUCUCCAAUAAAGUGACUUAAGAUCUGUUUCUUUCCUGAAUAUAGGCCUGAUAAUUAGAUAGCAAUGUAUGUUAUUUGUGUAGAUAUAUAUUUGUAGGUUGUUUACUUUUACUUGCCCAGAGGAAUGUCACAUCACAUGUUUAUGUAUUUUUACAUGCAACUGUUCUUAUUCUGCCCCAGGGGGGCAGCGCCAGGUAUUUUGAUGGGGGGGGGGGUAAGAAGAUGACCCAUUUUUUCUUCUUUAUUGAAUGAAAGGGGUAACAUACAGUUACAU